UGGGGAGCGAAGGGAGCAGGGUUUGGAGAGUGAAGGGAGCAGGGUUUGGGGAGCCAGGCCUCAGCUGGGGAGAGCAGCAGGAGCUGGAGCAGAGCCGGGCAGGUGCUCACACAGCCCAGGACGGCUCCCGCUCCUCAGCCUGGUCCAUCAGCAUUUGGAGAUCCUGGAGGCUCCGUCCGGGUUUGGUUCAGCUCCCAAACCCAGCUCAGUGGGAAUGCUGCACUCCAGGUUCCGGAUUGAGCCAUGCCUUCAUUAAAGCACAACUCAGAUGCUGCAGGUAGCACCUGUGGGGCUUUUCACCAUGGAAACGCCCGGUUUCCCCUCUCAGGGCCACAUUCCCGGCGUCCCCAAGCCCCAAAUCGCCGAGUGGGACAGGGGCACAGCACCUGGCAGCACUCGAGGGAAAGAGGAAGGAGGCUGAGCCCUGAGCCGGGCUCUUGGCAGCCGCUCGGUGUUAUCCGCGCAUCUCCCAACGAACACCCAAACGUGUGGGAGCAUCUGCACGGCGAGGAUGAAUAAUAAUCCAGGAGGGAAAAGGAGUGGGCGAGAGCUCGCGGGGAAGAAGGAAGCGCUGGCAUUCCAGAGGGGGGGAAGAACAGGCUCGGCAGGGAGCAGAGUAACACGGCGAGGCCUGGGAGGAAGCGAGGGUGACCUGCUCGGGAAGGUGCAGGGAAAGCUGCUGCCUGCGAGAGCUCGGCGGGGAAGGGGGCGAAGCUUCGGAGGCGCCGCGCUGAGGGAGAUAAGAUGAAAUUCCUGCCACCCGUGGGGAAGGAGGCGAUGGGAGAGCGGCGCUCCCACGUGCAGGGGAGGCAUGACUGGGAUGAUGAGAUGCCAUUCAUUUUUUCCCCCUUUUCCUGCACAAGCCCGAGUGGGUGAAUCCACGUGUUUUGCCCGAUCCCGCGGGUUCAGUCCGCGCUGUUUGUCAGGGUCUGUCCCCCAGGACCCCCGCGCUCCCCACCUGAGGGUGGGUGAUCUCAGCAGGUGCCUUCCAGCCGUGACCAUUCCGGGAUUCCCUGAUCCACAGGGUGCUGGAAGGCCCUGGAAGGGUCGCAGAGCACAGACACUGUGCUGCUCAGGGAGGGGACACGGGGCUCUCGUGCUGCUGCCACCGCGGUGCCGACAAAAGACCCUUGAAAGGCUCAUUUGCUGCAGGCACAGAGCGCCAGGGACAGGCUCGUGCCUUUUCUGGCUCUCUGUGCCCGCUAAUUGAUGAGUGACAGCGCAAACCCGGCUCAGGGGAAUCACACUCAGCGCCCAGAGCUCGGCGGGCGGAGUGCGGGCUCAGAGAGCGGCUCUGGGGACAGCCAGGUUGGUGCGGUGACAUCGCGGGGCCCAGCGGGGACACCGUGACCCCACAGCCCGGCACUGCCCCACACCCCACGCGCAGAUCCCCGCUCACUGCGGGGGCACGUUUAGGUCACAGGUUGGACUCGAUGAUCUCAAAGGUCUUUUCUUUUAAUUCUGUGAUUUUGUGACCUCCAGCCAUGUCACACCCCCCAGGCACCCAGUGCUCCCCCUCUGCAGCUGUGCUCCCCAUAGCUGGGACACCCCCACUGUCACUCCCUGCAUUCCCAGUGUCACUCGCAUUUAUUUUUUCCCCAUUUUACGCUUUGCAAUGUUCCUGCUCUGACUCAGCCAAGCUCGAAACCCCCUUAGAUAUCCAACCCCGAUAUAUCCACGCAGUUACUGCGUGUGAAUGUCCACAGUGACGGGGUUUGGCGGCUCAGCAAACCCCCUCUGGCUCCUUGCAGAGCUGCAGCAUCACCGUAUUUCACACAGGGGAGAGGCUGAACAAAAAAAGGGGGACAAGCCUGACCCCUUUUUGGAGGUCCCCACAGCUGGAGCAGGAGCUUGUGCCCUCCCAGCUCUGCUGUCUCUUUUUGCCAUCGUUGUCCAUGAAUUCCAACUCCUCCACGGCUUUCCAAGUGUUCAUUUUCAAGAGGGAAAGAGAAGGAAAACGUGCCCAACCCUCCCGGGCGCGUGUGGGAGGGCUGGGGUUGAUGGAAACGCCUCCUGCCGAGAGGCUGGGAAGUCCCAGCGCUGCCUCCCCGCUACUCCCAUCUCCCUCCAAAAAUCCAAGGGCGCAUCCAGCGAGCCUGGCACCCCCGGAGCAGCAGCUCCGCGCACCCCGCGAUCUCUUUAGGGGAUCAACCCCCCCCCAGCCCCGCCGCGGGUGCGGUGUAAACGCACCUGGGUGCAAAACAAACGCCCGGGGCUGGGUCACAGCCCGGGGCUGCUCCCCUGCUCCCGCUGGCCGCUGUCUGGGGCCGCUGUGGCCGCAGGUGGCAGCGCUGUCGGUGUCACAUCGCCUUUGUCCCCCGCGGGCACCGGCACGGGCUUCUGUGGGGGCUUCUGUGCCGAUUAUCCCGUCCCUGCAGCGAUCCCUCCCCUCAUCCCGCGCCUCUUCCCAAAGCCGUUUAUCGCUGGUGCCGUAUCAGCAGCACCCCGGCAGCCGCUCCGGCCUCGGGUCUUCGUGACUCCGCUCCAUCUCCCAGGAAAGGAUUUGGGGAUUAGCGCGGAUGGUCUGUCCGCCCGCCCAGGAUUUUCCUCCGGCGCUUCAUCAACGCCGGUCCUCGGGGAGAGGAACGCGGCCAAAGCUGAGGGAUGAGCGCGGGUGGUGCUGCCCUGCCUGGGAGCCGCCGGCACCGAGCGGGUGUGACAGGGAACGGGAAAAGAGGAGUGGGAAAAGAGAGGAGUGGGAAAAGAGAGGAGUGGGAAAACAGGAGUGACUCUGAGCUUGAGGAUGGCGCAGCGAGGAGGCCCCGGCACAGCGUUCCUGCACCCCCUCCACCACCCAACCCUCUCCCACCCCCGAUUUAACCCGCAGAUUCCUGCUUGGACAAUGAGAACUCGGCCUGGGGAGCUCUGGAGCGGAGCUGGAGCACCCAGUGGGAGCUCUGAGCUGUUCCAGGCACAGCACGGAGCAGAAACGCUCCCUCUCUCCUCCUCCUGCUCAAACAGGAUCCAGCUCAUUUCAUUUACGUGCCUCCCCCCCUUCUCCCAGCUCCCCCCUAAUUAUCGAGGUGGGUCUGCGUCCCCGUUAGAGCCGAGUGUCACAGAGGCCACCAGGAGCUGGGAUUUUAUUUUAUUUAUAUUUUUUUCUCCCCACAACAAAGCGGACGAGCAGAGAGCCCCGCGUGCCUCCUAUCGCUGAUCAGCACUCAGCGCACACAGGGCCUCUUGUCCCCUCGAGGGCCGCAUUAAUUAACGGUAAUUAAGCCUCGAGGCGUCCCUUUUCGGGCAGGUUAAGAGGAGCACUGGGAAUUGGAGAGGAAUCCGGGAGUGCCAGGGAUGCGGGAGAGGUCGUGGCUGCUGAGGAGCCGGGAUCCAUCCAGGAACGGGGGCUCGUUGAGAUCGCGCCUGUUAGACACCUAAAACCCGCCAUAAAUCCCUUUUCCCCCCUUUUGCCAUUUUUAAAGGCUCCCGUAGAGAACAUUCUUGGCUUUAUCCAGGAUGAUCCCAACCGGAGCCGGGUCAGUGCCCCACCACCCUCUGCGGGAAGAACCUUUCCCUGGUAUCCAACCUAAAUCCCCCUGGCACAGCUCCAGCCGCUCCCUGCGUCCUGUCCCUGUCACGGAGAGGUCGGCGCUGUCCCUCAUGAGGGGGCUGAGGUCCCCCCCGUCUCUCCUCUCAGUUCCCACCCUCACACCCCCAUCCCGGGGAGCUUUGCCACCCCCCAGGUGGCUUCUCCUCACUCCCGCCGUGUCCCCGUGUCCCCAGGCUCGCCGCUCCCGGCCGCACCGAGGGCUCUGCUAUGAUCUGGCCGCGCUGGCCGGCCCCGUGUCCGCGCCGGGAGCAGCAUGGGCAGCGUCAGCAGCCUCAUCUCCGGCCACAGCUUCCACAGCAAGCACUGCCGCGCGUCCCAGUACAAGCUCCGCAAGUCCUCGCACCUCAAAAAGCUCAACCGCUACUCGGACGGGCUGCUCCGCUUCGGCUUCUCGCAGGACUCCGGCCACAAGUCCGGCUCCAAGAGCAGCAAGAAUGAGGAUUUCUUUUACAUCAAGGUCAGCCAGAAGUCGCACGGCUCCCACCGGCCGGACUACACCGCCCUCGCCGGCGGGGAGCUGGGCGUGCCCGCGGGGACCAGCGGGCUGGACUUCGGGACGCCCACGCCGCAGAAGCUGAUGCCCUUCCCCAGCCAGCUGGAGGUGGGCGGGGAGAAGCCGCUCCCUCGUCCCACGGCCUUCAAGCCGGUGCUGCCGCGCUCCGGGGCCAUCCUGCACUCGUCCCCCGAGAGCGGGGGGCCCCUGUCCCAGCAGCUGCACCCCCCGGAGAAGGCCAAGGAGCAGGAGCUGCGGCCGCUGCCGUGCUCAGGGGGCCUGUCCGACUCCGGCCGCAACUCCAUGUCCAGCCUGCCCACGCACAGCACCAGCAGCAGUUACCAGCUCGAGCCCCUCGUGACGCCCAUGGGCCCCAUCAGCCGCUUCGGGGGCUCUGCCCACAACAUCCUGCAGUGUGCCAUCAUCCAGGACAGCAACAUGAUGAGCCUCAAGGCCAUGUCCUUCUCUGACGGCGGUAACAAGAUCCUGAACCCUGGCAAAGCCCCCCACCACCACCCCGCUGUGGAGAAAACCACCUGCGUGCGCUCACCCAUCUCCACGGAUGAAUCCACCAUCCAGGAGCUGGAGCAGAAGCUGCUGGAGAGGGAGGGGGAGCUGCAGGAGCUGCAGUCGAGCUUCGAGGAGAAGGAAAUCAGCUCAUGCCAGGCCUACGAGGAGAAGCAGCGGCGCUGCAAGGAGGAGCUGGAGGGGCUGAAGCAGAAAUGCAACAGCAAACUCAAGCAAACCUCGCAGAAAACACAGCGGACACAGCAGGUGCUGCACCUGCAGGUGUUCCAGCUGCAGCAGGAGAAGCAGCAGCUCCGGGAGGAGCUUGAGAAACUCAUGAAGGAGCAGAACCUGCUGGAGACCAAGCUGAGGUCCUACGAGAAGGAGAAGACCAGCUUUGCCCCGGCGCUGGAGGAGACGCAGUGGGAGGUGUGCCAGAAAUCCGGGGAGAUCUCGCUGCUGAAGCAGCAGCUGAAGGAGUCGCAGACCGAGCUCACCAGCAAGACCACGGAGAUCCUGAGCCUGAAGGCGCAGCUGAAGGAGGUGCGGCUGAAGAUGGAGGGGCUGGAGAUGAAGACCCAGGAGCUGGAGGUGUCGCUGCGCACCAAGGCCAUGGAGCUGGAGGUGUGCGAGAACGAGCUGCAGCGCAAGAAGAACGAGUCGGAGCUGCUGCGGGAGAAGGUGAACCUGCUGGAGCAGGAGAUCCUGGAGCUGCGCUCCGAGCUCGCCGUGCUCCGCGAGCAGCUCAGCGAGGCCCGCGAGGGGCCGCGGCCGGCGGGGGACGAUGCCCAGGCCCUGCAGGGGCAGCUGGAGCGGCUGCGGGCGGAGCUGAAGGCCGAGCGCGACAACAACGAGCAGAUGAGCUGCAGCUUCCAGCAGGAGCGGCAGACGUGGAAGGAGGAGAAGGAGAAGGUGAUCCAGUACCAGAAGCAGCUGCAGCAGAGCUACCUGCACAUGUACAAGAGGAACCAGAGCCUUGAGAAGAUGCUGCAGCAGCUGGCGGCGGGGGAGGACGGCAAGGAGCCCAUCGAGCUGGACAUCCCCGGCGCUGACGUCCCCUACGAGGACAUCAUCGCCACUGAGAUCUGAGCCGCUGUCCCCUCCUCGCAGCCCGGGGAAACGCUCGGCCCCUUGUACAGCCGAGCUGAGCCGUGUCCCCCCUGUCCCUCCGCCGCCCGUCGUGUUCCAGAGGUGACCAAGCCACUCGUGCCAAUGGUGACGUGCCCGCAGCUCCCCCGCCCCGGCACCGCCCCGGCACUGCCCCCUCUGCCCCCCGAGGAGCCGCCGGCGGGGCGGGCAGGGAUCAGGACUCCAGGGAAUUCUCUGCCAUCCGUGCCCAGUGCCCAGGGGAUGCUCCGCGCCAAGCUCGAGGGAACCCGGCCUGGCACAGCUCCGGGGAUGGCACAGCACAGCCCUGCCCACUGCCCGUGACGGGAAUCAGCCCCAGCUCCCCGGAGGAAGCUCCCACUCCUCCUCAGCCUCCGUUGGUGCCAACCCCAGGGCGCCGUGGGAGCACAGAGCCACCUCCUGCCACUGCCACAUCCACCCCUCCCAGCCCGUGAGGGCCUCAGGAAGGUUCCCCACCUGCACACGCCCUGCUGGGCACAGCCCACACCCCCCGAAAUCACUGCCCAGUCCAAGCACAACCCACCCUGCCCUGCCCUCGCUCCCUCCCCCUGCCCGGACCAUUCCCAGCUCCCACGGACUCUGUCCCUUUUCCCGGCUGCCAGACAGCAGCUGGAUCCAAGAAUUCACAGAAGUGUCCCAGCCACGGUCUGACCAAGGAGUGGGGUUUGUGUUCACCCCACAGCACCUCGCACUCGCUGGGAGUGUCCCUCCCGGGACCCCCGGCUGCCUUAUCUCCUCCCGUGCGGGAUCCCGCCAAGGGAAGCUGGUUCAAAAACCCCAAACCGACCACUCUCACCUUAAUUUCUACCCCAGCUCUUAAAAUUUCCUCCUGCCACCAGCGAGUGGCUCCAUGGAUAAAGAGCUGGCGCUGCUGGUGACCCUCGUGUCCCCGUGACUGGGGAGCCAACCAGUAGGGUCCAGUUUGUGGGGUGGGGGCUCCAGCCGGGACCCCUCUGUGCCAGUGCAAUGAUCUUUUUGCUGCAAUUAUUUACCCACUGCCCCAUUCCAGGGGUCUGGGAGGGGAGGGGGGGAGGGGGCCUUGCACAGUCCCAACGCCGCCAAUUCGGCCAAGGGCUCCAAGCUGCGCAAAAUUCCGCGUCCCUCGCGCCAUUCCAGCCUGGAAAGGUGACACACGGGAGCCAGUCUGUGCCUUCUGCGCCCGGCCCUGAGCACCCCAAACCACUGAGCCCCAGUCCUCCUGGCUGGGCUUGGCACUCCCCAGCCGGUCCUGGCACUCCCCAGCCGGUCCUGGUGCCGGCACAGCCGAUCCUCAGCCCUGGCCCGCUGGAAAAAGCCAACGUCCGAUUCCCGCAGGUGCAAUCCGGGGCCAGCCGGGGCCGAGCCUUUGCCCAGACCUGCCGAAGGAUGUUUUGGAAAACUGAAGGAUCAGGGCUGGCGAGGCCAGAAGGGAUUUUGUGCAUCCCCCAAGGCACAGCCCCGCGCCGAGAGCUCUGCGCCCGGAGCCUUCCAGAGCCAACCCCGGGUGCCGAGGGGAGCAGAGCCCUUCCCAAGGCCCCGUCCCGGCAAUUCCCUGCUCCUGCUCCCGCCGGCCUCGGUGGCACCGUCCCUGUCCCCAGCCCCGCGUGCCCUCGGCCCCGUGUGCCCCCAGCUCUAUGAUGUGAUCUCCAGAGGCCUCGCCGUGCUGCCUUUGCACAACUCCGCUGUGUGUGCCCGUCGCAUUCCAGGUGUGUCGCUCCAGCCGGGAGCCGUGGCCACGCCCGGCCCCAGCCUGGACAGAGAAUUAUUUUUCUGCAGGUUUUCUUUUUGUUUGGUUUUGGUUUUAUUUUUUGGUUUUGUUUUUUUUUUUUUUUUUUUGGAUGUUCUUUCUGGUGACUGAUGUAAACUACUGGUUAAUUUUAUGGUUUUAUUUAUAAAUAAAUUUUUUAAAACUC